ACGCACACGGAAGCAGAAGUCCCUGACAGUCCAAACUCAGGGAAUCAAAGUCCCACAGAGUCUCCAGCAGCUCUCCACGUCCACGGGCUGACUCCACACAAGUUGCCACGAAUACACAGCGGCAUGAUGUGGAGGUUAGUGAGCUGCACGCUGUGCCUCUUGGUGUCCUUACAGCUCAGUUUAUGGACUGUCUGGGCGGCGGAAGAUGAGCCGGACGGCGAGGUGAAGAUUGAAGUUUUGUUCAAACCCGAGACAUGCACUCCAAAAAGUAAAAGAGGAGAUCUGAUUAACGCCCACUACGAUGGGUACAUCGCCAAAGAUGGUUCUCAGUUCUACUGCAGUCGAUCAGACAAAGACGGGCACCCUCAGUGGUUUGUGCUGGGUGUUGGACAAGUCAUCAAGGGCCUUGACAUAGGAAUGGAUGAUAUGUGUCCUGGAGAGAAACGGAAAAUCACUGUUCCACCUAGCCUGGCCUUUGGAACAAAAGGCAAAGAUCCAGUGCCGCCGAAUGCCACAGUGAUCUUUGAAGUGGAGGUUUACGCUGUGUCCAGGGGACCACGCAGCAUGGAGGCUUUCAAGAAUAUGGACGCUAAUAAAGACAGAAGUCUCACAAAGGAGGAGGUGAAAGAAUACUUGAAACUGGAGUAUUUAAGAAAGGAAGGGAAGCCUCGCGAUGACGCUUUCUAUCAGAAGAUUAUGGAUGAUAUAUUCUACAAGAACGACCAAAACAAAGACGGACUGAUCAGCUCGAAAGAGUAUAAUAUAUAUGAACACGAUGAGCUCUAGUGUUGUCCUUUUUCUUUUUUAAGUUCAUGUGCUUUGAUUAAUUAGAGCGAAAACAAGACAUAAAAGACAAGGUCAGAUGUUCUUGUACACUGUUAGAUGCCACAUUAUGAUUUUCAGUACACUGUGUGUUAUUUUGUAAUUAACCUUUACUUUUUUUACUUUAUUUCAACUUGCCUCAUCACUUCUACUUGAAUUAGUGGUUUCCCUACAUUACCCAGGAUGCACUUUGAAACCUGUGCAUGCAUUCUGGCCUGUCGAACAUACUGUGGGAGUAGAGAAGAGCCUCUUCUAUUCCAUGGUUGGUGAAUUUUUCCAUUUAAAGGCAGACAGGAAAUAACUGUGCUGAAGUAUUUGGAGUCGCCAACCUUUUUCCAAGCCAGAAAACAAGCCUCUCUAUUUAACCAUGCAAGUAAGAUCUCUCCAACACCUGUGAAAACUUUGACUUCUGUGCAACUACCACUAUAUUCUAGCUUUUAAAAAAUGUUUUUAUCUUUGUAUUUUUGUGACUUUGCGGCGCAAAAGAAGAAACCACAUGAUUACACAAUGUUGUGGAGUCAGUGGCUUUUAAACUGUAACACGACUGUCAUGUGAUAUUUCAGACAGUGGUAUAACCAGACCUGUGAAUUCUUCUUCCCCCUAUUCUGCAAUAUCACAGAUCGACAGAUAGAGGAGGAUAUAAAUUUGACUGCAAAGACUGAUAGGAUGUCAAAACCUAAAAAAGCCUAAAAAAAAUGAUGUUGCUGUGAUGGAGAAGUUUGAAUAUAACUGAUGAUAAAAUGGACAUGGAUGCGUGUUGUGGUUCAUCAGACAUGUUUACAGGUUUUGUGUCCAUCUCUGUGUAGUACUAAUCAUGUGUUGUAUCCAGUUGAACAACUGUAUUUAGUAUCACAAUAAAUAAACCAUAGUGUGUGUGGAAAAUCAGAGCAUGUCACGUGUUAUUCACAUGUA